UCGUGACAGCUGUGUGUAUUACAAGCGUGUAAUAAAGCGGUUAAUAAGUUAUAAGUUACGGUCAAGUAUCGGAUCAAGCAUGCAUCUGUCUUUCGGUUUACUAAGGGCCAUGGACCUUGAAAUGCAACUGAGGGCAGCCGAGUCGAGGAGAGCGGACCUUGAACGACAACACCAAGAAGCUCUGUCUGUUCUGGCUGGUUGCGGUCCUGAUACCCUGGAGGCUCGACAGUCUCGCGUCAGGGAGCUGGAGAAGAAGAUAGCCUUAGAAAAUGUCAGGUGCGAGGAGCUCCAGCUAGAACUAACCUCGACCAAUAGAACGCGUGGCAUGACGUCAUCCGCCGGUCUAUCAGGGUUGGGUUCGAACAUCGGCGCGGGGGGACACCAACCCUGGUCGCAGAACAAAGGUACUGAAAUUGAAAAAAUUAUGGCUAAGAUAGAGCAGGAUAAUCGAAUUUUAGCUGAAUUAGACCAUAGUCGCAGUACUACCUUAGGUCAAGGGCUAGCUACAAGUGUGAGUUCUCAUGCUUUGGGAGAGUGUAGCCCACCGAUAUCACCAAUUACCAUGUCGCACACCACUCCUAGCAUUUAUCCGACCAGUACAAGCCUGGGUGGCCAGCAUACCUAUAAUACAGGUACACUGACUGGGACUGGUAGUUCUUACCCUGUGAAUGUCGGCACGUACAACACGGGUUACAACACCUUGGGACAUCACUAUUCAAGUACUAACAAGACUCUUAUGGGCACAACAGGUCUCAAUAGUCUCGGACAUCAUCAGAUUGGUAUGGGUACUGCUGGGAUAGGUCAAACAUCUGUAUUAGGAACAUCGCUGGGACAACCCCUUUCAACCAUCGGUACCAACGUUAUAGGCGGUACUCUUCCCUCUACAGGGCUGGGGACUUCAAUAGUACCUUCGUCAAAUUUUGCUACUAGUUCUAUUGCGAACACUACGUUCACGAAUCCAUUGGUUUCAGCUAAUCCGAAUAGAGGCUUAGGUCAAGUGUCUUCGUACAACAAUCCUUCGUUUAACAAUCCUAUAACUAGCACGCUAAAUCAAUUUUCCUCACUGAAUCAGUACUCAAAUCCCCUCAAUCCGAUAGUAACUACCAGUUAUACCAACGCAGUUACCUUUUCCAACCCACUCAGUUCCCAUUUUAACAGUUUAGCCGGUCCACCGAUGAGUAUCAAGCUGAAGGCUAUGGACGAAGUCGAUUUAGGUCAAAGGCGCGUUGCCACUCCCGUAACCCCGCACCCGCCACCUUGGGGCGCCACGUCGGGUAUAACUGACCUGCGCCCUCGUAUGCUUACAGAUGGUUUGGACUCGGAGUGGAGCGCUGGAGGUGCUCUGCAUUCCGUUCCAGCGGAUAACAGGGGCUUCCUCAAUGGACAGCACGUGCCGGAGGGCCAGGUGGACAUGCUGGACAUACCUGGCAAGGGACGGUGUUCAGUUUAUAUUGCAAGAUUCUCAUAUGAUCCUGAGCCAGAAUCUGAAGAGGAAUUGAGUAUACAAGCCGGCGAUUACCUUUUGGUGUGGGGAGAACCAAUGGGUCCAGGUGGAUUUUUAGAUGCAGAAUUAUUGGAUGGUCGUAGAGGAUUGGUACCAGCACAUUUUGUCCAACGUCUCAUAGGUGAUGAUCUUCUAGAAUUCCAUCAGGCAGUUCUGUCCACUCUUCGCGAGGAAGAGAUAAAUCAGGAGAAUUUUGCUGCCGAUGUCGCCCGAUUAAACGAGCUGGCGGAAAUGGCCGAACAACACGAGGACGACACGGGAGGACCCGAAGGUGAGACAGUACAGGUACACCAAAUGCCGGCUCCCAGGCAGCUCACCCUCGAGCGGCAGCUGAACAAGAGCGUGCUGAUCAGCUGGACAGCUCCCGAGAAUGUGGGGCCGGGGAACCAGAUCGAGAGUUACCACGUGUACGUCGACGGGGUGCUGAAAGCCACCAUCAAGGCGACUGAGAGGACUAGGGCUCUGGUGGAGGGCGUGGAUAGCAAUAGGCCUCACCGUAUCAGUGUCCGUUCGGUUACUGCCAAUCGUCGUACGUCACGUGACGCCGCUUGCACAAUGAUCAUUGGUCGGGACACCCACCAAUUAGGGCCCAGCGCCGUGCGCGCCUCCAACAUAACCUCAACUUCGGCGGUGAUCAGCUGGUUGCCUGCUAAUUCCAAUCACCAGCACGUAGUGUGCGUGAACAAUGUGGAAGUACGCACAGUCAAGCCUGGUGUAUACAGACACACCAUCACAGGUUUGGCUCCUAAUACUCAAUAUCGGGUAACUGUGAGGGCCAAGCAUCACCGAUCUGCUCAAAACGUGGCAAAUUUAGCAGAGGAGCUUCCGAUGCCUGCCGCAGCACAUACGGAUUUUAGGACACUCCCUAAAGGACUGCCUGAUCCUCCCAGUGACAUAUUAGUUGAGCCAGGGCCUCAAGAUGGAACAUUAUUGGUCACGUGGCAUCCUAUUAAUGUGCCACAUCAUCCAGGCUCAAAUGUCACUGGCUACGCUGUAUAUGCCGAUGGUAAAAAAGUGACUGAUGUCGACAGCCCUACAGGUGAUCAUGCUUUGAUAGAUAUAUCUAAGCUUCUCGGUCUCAAUCCUCGUCACGUGACUGUCAGGACUAAAGCGCGUGACAGCCAAUCGGCUGACAGCGUUCCCACGCCCAUACCGAUGAGCGUGCUGCGAGGCGGUGUUGCCAAACGUCAGCAGCCGCACAGCGCGGUGAUGCCGCCUCACCUCAGACAACAAAUGGCCAGAAACCAGCAACAGCAAGGCCAACAGGGGCAACAGAUUAUUGAACCAGACGAGAAUUUGAGCGAUAAAGAAAUAUUUCCCAAUUCCCAGACUCACAGGCAACAACAGAGUGGGAUACCUUCAAUAGGCAACCCAAUUUCUUCCCAACUCGCAAAACUAGCCCAUCCCCGAUCGCUUACAGAGAUAACGAAGGAAAAUUACGAUGCCAACAUGUCAGAGGACGAAUUGCCAGACGCGAGUCGCAACAGGCGCAGUUUCAACAGGAAUCAGCAACGCCAAGGUCAAGGGCAAGGCCAAGGUCAGCAACAGGUGGGCGUGGUCGGCGUUCAAGGCCAGCAGAAUCAGCAGUAUUACCAGGGGGCGCAGGGACAGCAAGUUGUCCCUAAUCAACGUUCCAAUCAAAUGAUGCGUAACCAGCAGCCAGGAAUGCGACCAUCGCCCAACAACCCGCAGAACAACCCUAACAACCCUCCAAACCCUCAGAAAAGGUCCAGGUAUUUCGUUGCCUUGUUCGACUAUGAUCCUGCAACUAUGUCGCCUAAUCCUGACACUUGUGACGAAGAAUUGCCUUUUUCUGAAGGUGAUACCAUCAAGGUUUGGGGAGACAAAGACGGCGAUGGAUUUUACUGGGGAGAAUGUAGAGGUAGAAGAGGAUAUGUUCCACAUAACAUGGUAAUGGAAUUAGACGGCAACCAAAGUAGAGACAGGUGGGGUGACAUCUGUGCGAACAUGCCUGCCAAACGUAUGAUAGCUUUGUACGACUACGAUCCUCAAGAACUCAGUCCUAACGUUGAUGCCGAGCAGGUAGAACUGAGCUUCACAACUGGUCAAGUCAUCACAGUCUACGGUGACAUGGACGACGAUGGGUUCUACAUGGCCGAAAUUGACGGUGUUCGCGGAUUGGUUCCUUCGAAUUUCCUGACAGAAGCCCCCGACCAAUACGGACCUGGAGGACAGCCCAACCAGGGACAAACUUCGGGAAGAAGUAACCAGGGUAUCCAAAGGGGGGUAGGUCCAGGGGCUAGGGGACCUCCUCCACCUCCAAGGGAGAACCAGAUGCGCGGUCCUGUAGGUGUACAACCUACCAGAGGUAAAGAUGCCUGCCACCUGUUGUAUAGCUCCUCUCAGUUAGACUCAUCCUUCAACACAACUCAAUCGGCAACGAUGUCCAACACGAACAACACUACCACCGAGCACCAACAGGGGAGAAUCCGAGGGAUGUUGAGAGCCGUUGGUAACCAGCCCAACCAAGUCCAACCAACCCAAUCCAACCAACCGUUCAACCAGCAAACCCAACAAAAUACCACUUCCGGAGGCUUAUUCUCCAGUCUCACCGGCUCGGGACAAUCCCAGACCCAGCAACAGUCCUACCAACAGAACCAGCAACAGUCCUACCAACAAAACAACCAGCAAAGCCAAAGGAUACAGCACAAAGGCGUCCCUCAAGUGCUACCAACCGUCGGGGACAUGGCGGGGGGGCAGAAUCAAUCUGGCAACCCCGGAGCGCCGAAUCUGAUGCAGAAAUUGAACGAAAUCACCGCGCCCGGUGGUGACAUUUUGUCCAAAGGGAAGGAACUUAUUUUUAUGAAAUUCGGGCUAGGAGGGAAAUAACCCUUAAAUUUGUUUGGACGCAUUGGGUUGUUUUAAGAUAUUUUGAUUCGAAGAUGUAUUAAUCGAGAGUGUUAAAGUCAAGCAAAAGGUGCCUUUUUAUAGGUACACCCUGUAUAUUACAAGGUACAGGUUGUGUUGGUUGAAACGUUGGCUAUAGUGUAUGAUAAAAAAUGAGGCUUUUUAUAAAUAUAUCUCUGAUAAGUUGUCUUAUCGGUAAUGUUAUAUAUAUGCGUUACGCUAAAAUGUUAUAAAUGUUAUUUUCUUUAAAGCAAGUGCGUGCGAAUAUACUUAUAAAAUAAUUACAGAACAAUUAUAUAAUAAAAUUAUUGGGAAAGAAAUAUGGUGGUUUAAAGAAAGUGGGUUAUAUUAAAGAAAAGAGAAAGGUUCAAAAAUGUUGCGUUUAGAUUCACGAGUGAAUUAAUAUACGGGAUGUUUCCGUAAAUCAUCCCCAGAAAUUUGGCAGUGCAUUUUUCUAACACCCUGUAGAGUAAAAGAAAAAAUAAGACAAUAAUAAUUGUACAGCUAUAUACGAAUUGGCUAAUUUUGUACAAAAAUCAUGUUUUUACUACCAAAAGCCUAUUGUUGUAGUUGUAAACUGUAAGACUUUAGUAUGUUUUUUUAUAAAAUAACUUUAAGAAAUUUGAAUAUUUUACAAAAAUAGAACUUUUAGAAUAUGCUUAACUUGAAAUUCCAAGCUCCUUAAAAAUUACCUAUGCAUACUG